UUUGCACCGCUAUAUAAUUGGGCUGAAGGCCCAUACAAAAACAAUAACCUACCGCUGUCCCGGCACGCUUAUAAGUACUCUCCUCUCAGAGAAACUAGGGUUUCUGCUCUGCUGCUACAAUGGGGAAGGGAACAGGGAGUUUCGGUAAAAGGAGUAACAAGACCCACACCCUUUGUGUUAGAUGCGGCCGUCGCAGCUUCCACCUCCAGAAGAGUCGGUGUGCUGCUUGUGCUUUCCCGGCAGCGCGCACUAGAAAAUAUAACUGGAGCGUGAAGGCUAUUAGGAGAAAGACCACUGGAACUGNUUUUGUAUUGAUUUUAAUAUAA